AUGGAUCGCCAGCCGUGGGAGCGUGGCGCUGUGAAAUCCCGUCCUUUAUUGAUGGGUGCCGCGCGCUCGGCUGUUCUUCAACAGGAUACAAAAUCCCCAGUCGACUGCCCCUUUCCUUUUCCACACACAGUCGUCGACGAAGAGGGCGACGAAUACUCGGCUUCCGUCGACGAAUCGAUGGUACUUUUGGGGCAUGCAGACACCUCAGUACUUCUGCGCAACAGUGGCAAAGCGACAUCUCUUGCAGCUGUGUUGGGUACUUCAGCGCAAAACUCCCACGGUGACGAUUUUAAAGCCUCUGACACUGACCUAGCAGACUCUGCUGCUGACCGUGCUACUUGUUAUGAAGACGUUUACCAUGGUUCAGCCUUACCCAAGCAGAUCCUGGAUAAGUCACGGCAGCUGACCGCUGUAGCCGUUCUCAGUUCCGGUUCACGCGGUCCCUAUAUCUUCUUGGGUUACAGCGACAGCCGACUGGAGUAUCUGUCGACCUACAAGCCGGAAGGAUUCCAUCAUCGUGCCGACAUUGAGUCUGAUCACUCCUCUCUAUGGCGAAGCACUGAUGGAGUGGAUAACGGCAUGAAAUAUUGGAGGAUCCAGUCGGUCGACCAGCUCGACAGCUGUGUCAAAGUUUUGCAGGUUUCGCCGCGCGCUACGCGAGUUUGCGCUCUAACUGAAACAAGUGUAUACGUAUUUGAUCCUCUCUCGUCUCCGUACUGCGUUCCCUCUAGCUGCAAAGUGCCUCGGCUGUUGGCUCUAGGGGGAGAAGCGUUGCUAGGCCACGUCCCUGUAGCCUGUUGCUGGACGGGCGAGUUUCAGCUGAUUGUGUUAAGCAGUGCCGGCCGGUUGACUGUCGUGCAACGAGAUCCGCGGAAGAGUGUUGCGGAGUGGUUCGCCGUGUGCCGCGCGCGCUUGGACGUGCGCACGCGUGAGCAGCUGCGACAAGAAAUGCGGAGGGACAGCAUGGCCGCGGAAGGUUCAAAAGGCGUGAAGGGGACCGCGUCCUUAGUACGUGCGUGUGCGCCCGUGGCAACGCUCGCAUUCCACGCAUCUCGGCAACUAGUGUAUGUUUCAGUCAGGGGAAGUCCUUGCCCUCUCAUAUUCGACUGGAGCAUGGGUUCUCAAUUUUGCCGCGUCUCUCCAGGGAAUAUGAUCGGAUGCUUUCUCAGAUGGACAGGAGAGCAUGCCUUGAUCGAGACGCCUGUGACUGAGAUGAGCCUUCCCUCCAGAGGCCCCGUCCAGAUGAAGCAGCGCCCUCAGCCUGCCGAAACGCAAAAGAAAGAGAGACACAGACAUGACGAAGCAGCAGCCCAGGAUGGCAGAGGCUCGAGGGGAAUCGAAAGCUCGACUCAUACAACAGAAAAAGAAGGCACACCACAAAGCAAGACACCAAGCAUGUUUCGGCCUAAACUGAGAAAUAUUCUGACAUUCGCGCUAGGCAAAGAUGAUGCCUCUCGACGUUCCUACGUGGCCGUCAUUCAUGAGGGAUGCGAUUCUGUCGUCGUCUACGACGAUUCCACACCACGAAUCCGAAGACGACAUCCUGGUGACCUCAGGCAGCACCGCUCACCGCUGCUUUAUUGGCUCCGUCCUCCCUUCCCGGGGUGUUAUCCAUCGGCCGUCGCAUUCUGUUCGCUACCGAAAGCCUUCCAAACAGGGUGCACGCUUGAUGCAUCAACUUUGCUUGCAGUGCAAUGGUCGACACCAUGCAGCUCCGUAUCGCGUCCCGGAACCACAGCAAUGAUGCCCGUUGUCACGUGUUUACAUAAACUCCCACAAGCCCAAUCGUCCCUGCAGCCUUCGGGAUCGCGCGCAGCGGCACGUCAGGGACCAUCGAGGGGGAGUUUGUUGUACUCAUUAUCAUCCUCUCCCGCGCUGGCGUCCCCUCGAGUAGCCAGCGCAGAGCAGGAAACCCUCAGUUCGUGGCAAGAAGCCUCUCUACUUGGUGCGUCGUCGUAUGGGUCUGCCCACGUCAGAACAAGAGAUUCUCCUCGAAGAAAGCCUCGAACGGACAUGUAUUCCGGUGCCAGCAUGCUACCGCCCCCGUCGUUUGUAGGCAACCUAGCGGACGAUGCAAACGCACACAAAAAAGGUGAAGAUUGGGGACGAACGAAGGAGUUUGGCACGGUCAGUCCCUUCUUGGGCAGCAGCAUUGACAAACUAGGGCUUCAGAGCGAGAAUUACUGGAAGCAGCAGGAACCUUCACAACCCAGUAAAUUGGAAUCGACCCUUCGUAUGUCAGCACUCAAUGGCUGGGGCGGUUUGCACGACAAGGAUCAGUUUUGGAGUUCCGGACGAGCCCCGGAGCGAACCAGGGGCGACGCGGGUCAAAGCGGGAGUGACUGGCUAGCCCGGUGGCAGCUGAAACAGACGCAGCUGGCUCGUAGUUGGCAAUUAAGUCCAUCGAUGCCUCAAGACUCUGAAAUUCCGCCUGCUAGCACCUCUUCCUUUUCUCGCUGGGCCUUUUCUCAGAGGUUCCCUGCGCUGCGCGUAUCACCGUAUGGCUCCUACGGGGUCUGCAACCGCCCUGCUCCUGUGCGCGCCGCGUUUCCGGACUUGGGGGGAGCGUUCCUACAAAGCGAGAAUGUAGACGGAGCGAAUGUACGGGAAUCACCACUGAGGGGCUCCGCGACUACCCACUUAUACAAAAGUGGCUACGGGUGUGGAGUCGGAGGUUAUUCGGACCUUCCCGGCGACCGGCUCACUUUUAACGCAGGCCGCGUACAUAAUACCCGGGGGGGUUCUACUGGAUGGCACGGGGAGAGUGGAGCUGUCCGACCGCAGUCACUGUUGACCGCCGAAAAUCAUCUUGCAUCUUCUGCGCUGGGCCAGUCUCGCGCAACCAGUCCCUUCAGGUCAGCAAACAGGCUAAUGCCUUCGAUGAAUUCAAGCACGGCGUUUCUGGGGUGGGGUUCACAUCAAGAGGCGACGUUGACAUCUCCACAGCUUGCGUCGUCGCCGCUGCCUUCGUCGAGCGACAGAGAAUACAGUGAAUACACAACUGCUUCUGGGGGCAUCCGGCGAAGGCCUGCAGGUGGAGUAUUCGGCCUCGAAACAAGUGGCGUUGCGAGGUGGUGA